CUGAUCUGCUGAUCUGCUACUGCGGCUGGCUCGCGCUAACGAGGCGCUUGGCUGAUCGCCGUCAGCCGGGGCUUCUCUCUCUCUCUCUCUCUCUCUCUCUCUCUCGCGCGCGCGCGCGCACACACAUACACACACACGCGCGCCGUCAGGAACCAGCGAGGCAGCGAGUUCCGCACCCCGGGAUGGCUUCAGGGGAUCUCUACGAGGUGGAGAGAAUAGUGGACAAGCGGAGGAACAAGAAGGGCAAGUGGGAGUACUUGAUCCGGUGGAAGGGCUACGGACCGAGCGAGGACACGUGGGAGCCCGAGCACCACCUGCUGCACUGCGAGGAGUUCAUCGACCAGUUCAACGCUCUUCGUCUCCACAAGGACAAACGAGCCAGGCAGGCGCGGUCAACGAGCGAGCAGCGCAGGAAGAGGCGGUCCGGUGCCGGAGCUCCGCUCAAGCCCAAGAAGGCUGGCGCCAAGCAGCCCGGAGACAGGGUAACCAAGGCAAUGCCGUGCAGGACCGCACCCGGUGACCUCCAGUUUGUGCCCAUCAGGAAGCCGCAUAGCGGCGGGGUGCCCAACGGGGAAGCGAGCCCCCUGAGAUAUGAUGGAGCUGCCGGCGGGAGUAGAGUGGACACUGCCAUGCAGGACUUGAACGUUCCCGAGACGCCACUCCUCAAUGAGUUAGCGGCUACACUUUCUAACGGCGGCAUGAAUUUGCACAGUUCUGUGAAACGGAAGCUUGUGGAGGAGAAAGGCUAUGUGUUCGACAAGAGGCUGAGGUAUAACGUCCGGCAGAACGAGAGCAACUGCCGAUACCGGGACAUCGUGGUCAGGAAAGAAGAGGGCUUCACGCACGUGCUGCUGUCGAGCCAGACCUCCGACAACAACACUCUGACGCCAGAGAUCAUGAAAGAGGUGAGCAGAGCCUUGAGCAAUGCUGCCGCCGAUGACAGCAAGCUGCUGCUGCUCAGCGCUGUGGGGAGCGUCUUCUGCGGGGGUCUGGACCACUCCUACUUGAUCGGCCGGCUUUCGACUGACAGGAGGAAAGAGAGCAACAGGAUCGCAGAUGCUAUACGAGACUUUGUGAGAGCGUUCCUACACUUCAGGAAGCCCAUCGUGGUGGCCAUCAACGGACCGGCCCUGGGGCUGGGCGCCUCCAUCCUGCCGCUCUGCGACAUCGUGUGGGCCAGCGAGAAGGCCUGGUUCCAGACGCCCUGCGCCACCGUCCGCCUCACGCCCACCGGCUGCUCGUCCUACACCUUCCCGCAGAUCCUGGGCGUAGCCCUGGCCAACGAGAUGCUCUUCUGCGGGAGGAAGCUCACCGCCCAGGAGGCCUGCAGCCGAGGCCUGGUGUCCCAGGUCUUCUGGCCCAGUACCUUCAGCCAGGAAGUGAUGCUGCGGGUGAAGGAGAUGGCCUCCUGUAGCGCUGUGGUUUUGGAGGAGUCCAAAUUCUUGGUGCGCAGCUUCUUGAAGUCCGUGCUGGAGGAGGUCAACGAGAAGGAGUGUCAGAUGUUGAAGCAGCUGUGGAGUUCCACCAAAGGGCUCGAAUCCCUCUUCACCUACCUGCAGGGGAAGCUCUAUGAAGCCUGAGCUGACCGCACUCUGCUCCAGGGAGACCGAAGCUUCCCGCUCCACCGGCCCGAAGAACAACAUCGGAGAGGCAGAGUGCGUUUCGCACCUCGCCGUCCUCUCGGGAAACAUCUCGCACCCCUCAGUGUCCUGUGGCAACGCUCCUCGCUCUCCGUGUGGGAGCCCGUUGGGUCCGGGGCGCGACUGCGGUAUUGCUCCCUCGAUAGGCAUCGCCCACGGUGGGAGUAGCUAACGGCUCUGCCCCAUGCUUCACCCUCGGUACGUUUAGCUUUUUUAUGGUCCGGGGGUACAGAGGUGUCGUUUCCGUCACAACCCGGCAUGGACUACUCCCACCUGAAGGGUGCCUGUCUUCCUGUUCCACAAAAUUGUCUUAAACCAUUAUUCAACACUUGCUAUUUAUUUGUAAAUUUAUAUGGGUGUCUCAUAUUCGUAAGAUACAAAAUAGUGAAAACCAUAUGCAGUUUUUGUAAGAGGAGUUAUUUGUUUGUUUCUAAAGAGCACACUUUGUUGUUUUCUUAUUAUUAUUAUUUUUUUUUUUUUAACCAAAGCUUCACUAGAGGUCCUUUUCUUUUUGUCUUCUUUUACAGACACAUUCCUCAACUUGGUUUGUUGGAGUAAAACCAUUCUGAAGCUUUGUCCAAUGAUGUGCAGAUGAAUUUAUUUAUCAUUUCUUUGUGCUAUUAUUUACGGUGAGCCUGUGUUUGUGGGACAUACUAAAAUGAAGGCAUGAGUAAUAUAAAACGAACAGGGUUUGAUACAGUCGUUUUAUGGAAAACACGUGUUGGUUAUUACCUGGGUUUUACUGGAUAGGGUUAUGGAAAUGCAAUCAAGCGCCUUAAAAUGGGAAUGAUGUCUAACGACUGUGACGUUCUGUUACCCACUAGUGCUGAUGUCUUAAAAACAUAAACAAGUGUAUGAAAUUGCUGAUGAUAUUUUUUUGAGGGACAGCCUCAGGACAGAUGGGUUGCAGACCAGGGUGGAGAUGCUGAGGUGGACAGACUGUUUGCUAUGGAAGAAGGGCAGCUGAAGACAUGAAGUUGAACUCCCUUCCCCCUUCCAGGUCAAAGGACACGGCCUUAGGGGUUGACCUUCACAAGUAGGACUUGUGUAACAGCUUGGAGAAACAGUUUUUAGAUUUAAAAUGGCUUGGGUUCAAGUGCUAGAAGAAAAACAAUCAGAGUCUAGACAGGAAGCUGUCAGAGCUGGGCGUGGGGUGGAAGGCGAUGUGGAUCAUCGAGGGGAGUUCAAGUACGAUAUGCAUCGUACAGUUUAGGUUGGAUUCACUUGGAGGGUGAUGACUCGGAGCAUUUUGGAGGGAAAGCUCUAUGAAGAAUUUCCGGAAGCAUCAAAUUAAAGGAAGAAAAAAGUGCAGACUUCCUCUGCUGUUUUGUGGGAAGAAGUGGUCUCUUUGUUUAUCUGCACAACAAAGGGGGACUGAGAUGACAGGAAGAGAAGCACAGAGAUAUGUGUUUGAGUGUGUGUGUGUGUCUCUAUGUGUGUGUUUGGGUAUGGAUGCAUACAUGAUAUAUUCAAGCUGGUGCUGAUGCUGACAUGGAGUUUUUCCCUUUCUCCAGAAGAAAGAGUGGGAACACUAUAGUACUACAGUGUCUUCUGUGACCCCCUCUAGUAUCAGCGAUGGUUUGGACUACAGGUUCUCUACAGCUGUGCCACAUGUCGCGUUCAAAACCUUGAUCUGAUGUCCGCCCAUGUUGUAGAGUCUGGUUCGGCCAAAUGGGCAAACUCAAGAGUCAGUUUGACCUCUUGGUUAGGAAUGUCAGGGGAAACCCUCCGGAGGCAGUAAUAUCCAGUACUGUGGCAUCUCUUUACCCUGUCUUUGAAGUCAGACAUUCUGUCCUCAGAAAAAUGAUUGUUUAAAUGUUCGUUUAUGACUGUCAGGGAAUUUGUUCGUAUUCUUUAUAUUUCUCCUCUCGAAGGUGUAGGUAUUUGGAUGAAUCCUCCCGAACUGCUGCUAUGCAACCUCAGUUUUCACAUUUGGUCUUAAUAAAGGUUUUGUACCUAAUAGAUGAGUAACGCUGAAACUAAAAAAGGCCUUUUUGAGAUUUUUGUUUGAAACGGAAUGUGUCGUCUCAUCCACUAUCCAACAGUGCAGUCGUAUAGAUGCUUUCGCACGCUCCCGAAUUCUUCUUUCUGCAUCUUCCACGUGGGCUCUUCGUGGGCACCUCAGUAGUGUGGAGAACAUGUGCACUCCCACUUCAAAAAGGCGUCCUUUUCCGAGUGUCACGUUGGAGAGAAACUAGGCAUCGUGGGAAGUUUAUAUUACGGCGAGUUUCAAUGACACAGUACUGGCUGAGAUGGAAGAGUACAGGGUAUCAAUGGGAAGCAGAAAUGACAUUCAAGAUCCAAAAACACAUUUUACAUGCAACAAUACAGCGUAAAACAAUGAGCUGAGCUGUUUGCUUACAUUUGGUGAAGAAAGAAAUGAAACGGCGUCACCUACUUCUUUUCCCCCAUUCAGAGUAAAGCUUUUCAAAAGGAAGACAGAAAAAUACAUUUGUGUUGUAUGAAUAUGGUUGAAGAAUUUAAAAAAAAAAAAAAAAGUCUCAACUUUGUUUAGCUGUGAUGCAUAGACGUUGCCCUGAAUGAAGUAUUGUUGGACAUUGUGGAAAUGGGGUAGAUGAGCUUGGGGCGGCCACGAUGGAAGCAAAAGACAAAAGUCGGGUUCCUUCCAUUGGGUUAUCCGUGCGCCGUGCAUCCGGGGGAAGAAACUAAAACGUGGUAAAGAGAGAGCCCGCUUGAAAGUGUUUCUUUUCCUAUGUUACGCUUUUCAAAUUGCUCAAUAUUUUCCUUUAAUUUCAAAAGCAUGCAAACUCUUCUUGUAUCAUAGUGCAAUUGAAGC